AUGGGUGCGGUUACCCGAUCCGCGGUUUGCCGUUCCGAACCAAGACUGCGCCGCGCUCGUGGGACACGAUCGCAUUGUACAACGUUGCACUACACCUUCGCGACGCCAAUUUACAACGGCGAGGUGAUCUACGUAGCCUUGUUAGGAGGGACGAGGAGUCGCACUUCUGAACAUCAAGAUGAUCCACUCCCCGGCUGGGCGUUCGCUGGUUAG